GGACAGCCUCAGCAACGGCCAUCCGGCGCCUGCCCCGUCGACUCCUCGCCAAUCCCCAAGCCCCGGACCCCGACCCCGAGGGCGAGCGACGAAGGAGCUGUCAGCAGGACCAGCGAUGACUUCGUCCACUGCCGCUGCCGCUGCCGCCGCUGGCCGCAAUGGCUUUGGCCUGCACCACCCGCAGCCUGCGCAUUCGCCCAAGCCCGCAACGCCUGCGCCCGCGCCCGAGACCGCUCCCUCAGCGCACACCGAAGACUCUGCUCACCCUCACCGCACAGCUGCUGCCGGCUCGCUGCAUCGCCAGCACCCGUCGAAUCCGCCAGCAUCGUCUUCUGCUCCUCCAACUGCUCCUCCAACUGCCCCAAUCGCGUCGGCCCCGGCCCCGGCCGCAGCGCCUGAAUCACAAACCGCGAACCCGACCGCUCCCGCAUCCACAUCCGCGUCGGCUUCCGCAUCGACAGCGGCAUCAACAUCAGCACCAUCAACAUCAGCCCAUCCUCCUCCGCCUUCGACGCCGCCGCCCCCGUUCCGCUCUGCCGUCGCCGCCAUGGCCGCCGACCACCAAGCGGGGGCCUCCGAUGCCCAGCCAGCAUCAACAACUGCCGAUGGCGCCCCCUCAGCCGACCACGCAAUGCCGGAUGCUCCUGCCCUCGACGGCUUCGACGCGACACCGCGGCCCGCUGAGCCUCAACCUCAGGCAACGCCCGUACAACAGCAACUGCACCUCCACCACGACACAGCCAUGGCCGCGCCCGACCACUUCGCUCCCUCCACGCCCUUCACCCCGGCUGCGAUACCUAGUCUAGAUCAGCACGCCUACAUGAUGAUGGCCUUGGCGUCCAUGUCCGGAGCCCCCAGCGCCAUGUCGCCGCCUCCAACCGUCACUCCCUCCCAGGUCACCCUACCUAACCCCAUGGAUGAGGCCUUCCACGGCCUCGCCCCCGCAAACGCCAUCCGUCAGGCCGGUGCCGACAAGGCCCUCGAAUCCUUUGCGCGGGUUGAGUUUGCCGACAGUGUCUUCCAGAUGACCACCUACGCCGUCAUCAUCGGCAGAGAUCAGCGCGCUCUCGAGCAGGCCCGUCGCGAUGAGAAACGUGCGGAUGAGCACAGGCGUCGCGUCGAGGACAACGCCAAUCGGGGUCUUCCCCCACCCUCGCCCAUCGCGUACGAGCGGGGAAAAUUUAGCAAGUCCUAUGUCAGUGAGGAAGGUGGAAUGCUAGGGCCUGAAUCAGACAAUGGAGAGAAUGGCCGGCCCGCGAAGCGACGCAAGACUAGUACUCAAGGCUCAUCGCAAAAUGAAAACGACGAAGCGCAACAGGCCCAGGAGAACAUGAUUUCGAAUCGACAAUAUGUGUCUCACACACCCGGCGCCGCCGCUGUAGACUUGACCUCACUGAGGCCCUCCCCAUGGCAUGUUCCCUUUAUCGGUAUCCACUCUCCGGGUCCCAAUAUUGCGACUAAAACCAAGGCCAUCUCACGAGAGCAUCUCAAGAUUGCGUACAAUCAAGAAGAAGGCGUGUUCGAGGCCAUCCCUCUGCAUAAGAAUGGCUUCUUCUGCGAGGAUGUGCAUUACAAGAGUGAAAAGGUCGUGUUGAAAUGUGGUGACCGGCUUCAGAUCAAGGACAUUGAUUUCCGCUUCUUGAUCAACGGCGUGGAGCGAGGUUGUACUGGGGCGGAAGAAGACGUGGAGGAGAUUACUCCAACAACAAAGAAACGUACUCAUGGCGGAAAGGAGAUGAGCUUUGACUUCGAGUCCUCACACGGCAAUGGCGAAGUACGUGACACGAGUGAUGAGCUUUCCGAAGUGGCCAGCCCACCCGAACUGUCCGACUUUGGAGAUGGAGAUGCAGAUGGAGAUGCUGAAGGGGACCCUGAAGGGGACCCUGAAGAGGAUGCUGAAGUGGAUGCCGAAGGGGAUGUAGAUGGAGAUGGGGAGGAAGAAGAGAUCGAGGAGGCCGACGUCGUCGAGACGGUCGAGGCAGAGCUUGAGAGGCCUAGCCUCGACCCAGAAGGCAGGGUCAAGCAUGAACUCAUGCCCCAACCACAUCCGCUAAUGCCACAGAUGCCCAAGAAGCGAGGACCCGGAAGGCCACCGAAGAAUGGAAUUAUGUCGAAGCGAGAGCAGCGCCUAUUGAAAAAGCAACAGCAGGAGAUGGCUAAGAAGACGCUGCCCCAGGCACCACCGGUUGAGCCUCCCAUCAAGCGGAAGGUCGGGCGACCUAGGAAACAUCCGCUACCGGAGAAUUCAAGCGAACGACCAGAGAAGCGCAAGUAUAAACCUCGGAAACCGAAGAACGAGGAUGGCGCAGAAGGAUCGGACGCAGAGCGGCGUGCCAGAGAGAAGAAAGAGAAGAAGGCUCGCCCCAAGUCACCUCCGCUGGAGCUCAAGAUAGAGGACUACACCGAAGAGCAACUUCAGAAACCCAACAAGAACUACGGUGUGCUUAUCGACGAGACCCUUACCGCGGCGGGCCCAGACGGUCUCACGCUCAAGCAAAUUUACAAGCGAAUUUGUCAGAGAUAUCCAUGGUUCUAUUUCCACACCGAAACCAAAGGCUGGGAGAGCAGUGUCCGACAUAACCUCAUUGGGAACGAGGCCUUCAAGAAGGAUGAGACGACGAAUCUUUGGUCGCGUGUUCCGGGCGUCGAGUUGGACGCGGGAAAGAAGCGCAAGGCAUCAUCACCAGAUCGAGGGCUGGCGGCGGCUCAAGCCUAUGGUCAAUAUCCAUACCCAUACAACGCUGCGCAGCACAUCCCUCCCGGCGCCCCCGGCUAUCAUCCCCCCAGCCAAGCGCCUCCAGUGUACCAAGUACCCGCAUACAAUGCGCAGCAAGGCCAGCCAGGACGGCCGGUGCAACCAUAUGGGGCAUCCGCAUCACCCCCGGGUCAGCCAGUUCUGCCCGUGGCAUCUCAACUGCCAGCGCCAGCACAGUUGCCAGGCUAUGGGCCUCCGCCGGCUCCCGCCCGGCCACAACUCGGAGCACCUCAGCCGGGUGCUUAUAGCUCGCCUUAUGCAAGGCCGCCCCCAUCAGCGACUCCGCCGAUUAAGAAUGAGGACGGACAUGCCCCUGCAGCGGUACCGCCUGCUCAGCAGCCUGCGGCCGCGCCAAUUGCAGCGAAGACUGUUCCUGGACCUGUAUCAAUAUCACAGCAUCCUGUUGCUGCCGUUGCUGCCGUUGCUCCUAUUGCUCCUGUUGCUCCUGUCGCUCCUGUCGCUGCCGCUCCAAGCCGUCCCGCAGCGACUCCGACACCCACCACCCCAGCUCGACCCGUCAUCGAACCCCGUCUCCUCACAGCAGUUGUCGGCCUUAAGAAUGGCCUCGUCGAAAACCUCAAGAAGGCCCGCAACCCCAAGGCCGAGGCCAUCGUCAUGUCAGCCCUCAACCGCUGCAUCGGGCUCAAGAAGGAGGCCACUGAGAACGACAAGAUGGAGACUAUCUGCAUGAAGGGUAUCCGCCAGGUCAUUGACGGAUUUACAAAAACCAAGAGCCCAACACCUGGAGCCGGCCCAUCAUCUUCGGAUGCGCCACCCAUCUUCGAAGCCAAGGUCCUCGCCUCCCUCACCGGCUUCAAGGACGUCUCCAUCAAGGCGCUCAAGGCCAAACUCGGCGAGUCCAAGGCCGAGGCUGUCACCCUCUCAGCCAUCGACCGUGUUCUUGGCCUCGCCGACGCCAGCAUCGUUCCCCCACCCGCCGAAGGCGAGCCCUCUGUUGGCAACUUUGAGGGGGUCGAGCAACAUCUCAUUAAGUCGAUCCGCCAGCUUCUCACGGGUAUGAACCAAAAGCUUCAGGGUGUCGGUGCCUAGAGCCAAUGCAUCCUGACUGGACCCAAGCGAAUCUGACAUGAGCGGAUGAUAUGGAAUGGAAUGGAAAUGGGACAAGUUGACGAUAUUCUGCUUUUUGGGGGGCGUUUUUUAACGGUCUAAUGAGUAUGACUGGAGCUGGAUAGGUAGCUUUUAAUGGCCUGUCUUGUUAGAACGGGAACCAAGCACCGGGCUUUUGUUUUCCAUGCGGCAGUUAUAGCUCGAUAGAGGUGGGCGAACCUCUUGGGGGAAUUCAUUCUACUUCUUUUCGGCUUCUACGAUAUACCUCUAGAGCAAGCAGACAUCUAGCCAAAACAACGUAUGAUACUUCGUACAUUGCGCCCUCUUGUCUGUCUACUGUGUCUCCCAUGUUCAUACAAACCAUUCACUCGCCCUCCACUAUACAACCCAGGCUUGGUAAACGUGUCAAAC